AUCCCCUCCCUUGACUACACCACCCCGAUCGACGAGAUUCCCCUCGUCGUCGCCCAGCUCACCCGCUUCCGGUGCGGCGGCGCCGCCCUCGGCCUCGGCAUCUCCCACGUCAUGGCCGACGGCCCCAGCGCCCUCCACUUCGUCGACGAAUGGGCAAAGAUCUCCCGCGCCGCCGCCGAGGCGGUGGCCCCGCCGUUCCUCGACCGCCGCGUCCUCGAAUCUGCCGAGCCGCCCUCCUCCGCCUUCGACGCCACCGCGCUCCGCCCCCCGCCGACGCUCCUCGGCGAGGCCGACCCCCUUGCCCAAAAAUCGAAGCCGAUCGCCGCCUCCCUUCUCCGCCUCACCCGCCUCCAGAUCGAAAGCCUCCGGAACCAGGCCUCUGCCGCCGCCUCCGGCGGCGACGUCGGCCGUGGCUUCAGUCGAUUCGAGGCGGUUGCCGCCCACAUCUGGCGUUGCACGAGCAAGGCCCGCGGCCACGCCGCCGAUCAACCGACGAGCCUCCACUUCGUGGCGGACUUUCGCAGCAAAAUGAAUCCGCCGUUACCCAAAAACUACUUUGGCAACGCCUUGAUCCGCGUAGAAGCCACCGAUAAAUCCGGCAGCCUGCUGUCCGGCUCAUUGGGGGCCGCCUGCCGGAAAAUCCGGGAGGCCGUCGGGAAGGUGACGGACGAGUCGGUCCGGAGUUACCUGGAUUUCUUGAAGGGCCUGCCGGAUGUGGGCCGGUUCAGGACUCUGGACAAUAACGGCCGGCCCAAGGGGGAUUUCUACGGGAACCCCAACCUGGCGAUUAUAAGCUGGACGGGCCUGCCGCUCUAUGGGGCCGACUUCGGGUGGGGUAAGGAGAUACAUAUGGGCCCGGGCCCAAUGGGCUUUGACGGCAAGACGUUCAUUAUACCCAGCCGUGACGGGGAUGGGUCCUUCAACAUCGCGAUAUGGCUGCAGGAGGAGUACAUGGCCGCCUUUAAGAAAUGCUUCUAUGAUGACAUUUGA